AUGGAUCCUUGUGAAUGCUCCAAAACUGGAUCUUGCAACUGCGGUGGAUCCUGCAAGUGCUCCAACUGUGCAUGCACCAGUUGUAAGAAAGCAAGUUGCUGCGACUGCUGUCCUUCCGGCUGCAGCAAGUGUGCCUCAGGCUGCGUGUGCAAGGGCAAGACUUGUGAUACCAGCUGUUGUCAGUGAGGCCUGGUGUAUUACAUCACAAUGAAGUCCAUUCCCUAUGACUGACGUUGUACCAUCUUGAGCAUAGGUUUUGUACUUUGUCAAAUGUAAGGCAAUAAAUUGCAUCUAACUU